CGGACAAAUAAAAUUAGGGAAGUCCCAGCAUCUUUUUUUUUAUGACAGGGAAAAAAAAUUUUUUUUUGUUUUGUUUUUGCGUAUUUAAUGAGCCGAAAAGUGUCGAGCUUUUGUUCUUGUUGGUUUUCCUCAUCUUUAAAUCAUAAUGUCCACUUUGCAAGAAGGUCGUAUUUCUGUUGUACUUGGCUCACAAUGGGGUGACGAGGGUAAGGGUAAAUUAUCCGAUAUCCUUUGUGCUGAAGCUGACAUCUGUGCCCGUUGUGCUGGUGGUAAUAAUGCUGGUCAUACUAUUGUCGUUAAUGAUGUUAAAUAUGAUUUCCAUAUGUUGCCUUCUGGUUUGAUUAAUCCUAACUGUAUUGCCUUGAUUGGUAAUGGUGUUGUAGUCCAUUUGCCUUCUUUCUUUGAAGAGAAAGCCAAACUUGAAGCUAAGGGUCUCAAUUGUGAAGGCCGUUUGCUUCUCUCCGACCGUGCUCAUCUUGUUUUCGAUCUCCACCAAAAGGUUGAUGGUCUUAAAGAAAUUGAAUUAGGUCGUGGUAGUAUUGGUACUACUGGUAAGGGUAUUGGUCCUACUUAUUCCUCAAAGGCCUCUCGUUCUGGUAUUCGUGUUCAUCAUCUUUUUGAAUUUGAGGAAUUCUCUGCUCGUUUUAGAACAAUGGUUGAAAACAAGCGUAAACGUUAUGGUAACUUUGAAUACGAUGUUGAAGGUGAACUUGAACGUUAUAAAGAACUCGCUGAACGUGUUAGACCUUAUGUCAUUGAUACUGUUCCUUAUCUUUACGAACAAAUCAAAGCUGGUAAGCGUAUCCUUGUUGAAGGCGCAAAUGCCUUAAUGCUUGAUAUUGAUUUUGGUACAUAUCCUUAUGUUACUUCCUCCAACACUUCUGUUGGUGGUGUCUGUACCGGUCUUGGUGUCCCCCCCAGUAAGAUCUCAAAUAUCAUCGGUGUCGUAAAAGCCUAUUGUACUCGUGUUGGUGGUGGUCCUUUCCCUACUGAACAAUUGAAUGAAAUUGGUGAACACCUUCAGACUGUAGGUUUUGAAUUCGGUGUCACAACAGGUCGUAAGCGUCGUUGUGGCUGGUUGGAUUUAGUUGUCUUAAAAUACUCUACAAUGAUUAACGGAUAUACAAGUUUCAAUUUGACUAAGCUUGAUAUUCUUGAUCAAUUACCUACUAUCAAAGUUGCUGUCGCAUAUAAUUUGAAUGGUAAGAAAUUGACUUCUUUCCCAUCUGACCUUGAUCUUCUUGAAAAGGUUGAAGUUGAAUAUGUUGAACUUCCUGGUUGGAUGACGGAUAUCUCCAAAUGUAAAAAAUAUGAAGAUCUUCCUGAAAAUACAAAGAAAUACAUUGAAUUUAUUGAAAAGGAGACUGGUGUUCCUAUUGAAUGGAUUGGUGUUGGUGCUGGUCGUGAAGAUAUGAUUCAUAAACCCGUUUCUAAUUAAGAACAGCAAUUAGUAAUAGAAUAGUUAGUUAUUGGUUUAUCUUUUGUCUUUUCCUUCUUUAUAUUUGUAUACAUAGUGUAGAUUUCAUUAUAAUAAUAUAAACAAAAAACAAUUCCUUAUAUCAACAUACAUCUUUAAAUUAAAUAAAGAAAAAUAUUUUUAUAUUAUGUAUAUCUCUACAAACAUUACGCACCAAAGAUUAAUAAUUCAAAUCGAUUGCUCUUUAUCCAGACUCCAGAUGUAUGGAUAAAUAAUAUCAAAGAAAGGAUGGAUCUAAUGCAUUCAUAUACGUUUUCGCAACCAAUACAUCUACUAUAAAUAGUGUACACGUAACUGAAUACUUUGCCGAUUCCUCUCUAAUUUUAGAUAUUUUUGUAUUCUUAU